AAAAUGAAAAUCCUUUGAAAAAAUAUGGUUUCUAAACUAGUCCUAAGAAUAAACUUAUGGAUAGGAUAAUUCCUCCCAACAAAAUUGACUUGAAUUUGAGUCAGACUCCACAGUCCGCACGGGAUUCCUUCCGUGGCGGACGGACAGUUGGUUUUUCCUUUUUCAUGCGCUCUCCAACUUCCCACCCAAACCACCACGCCGCCACCUCGGGCUCGGCGCCGGACGCUUCCCCGCCCCGGCGCCCAUGUCGACCCCGUACCACGGCAUCCCUCUCCGCGCGCUCCUCCUCGCGGUGCCCCUGAUUUCCAUCUUCAUCGUCUUUCACCUCCUCUACCGUCCCGCUCCCCUGCCCUCGACGUUCCGGACCUACGCCGAUGGGGCGGCGUCGCACCGUGCGGAGGAGCUGAGUUGCCCUCCGCUCUCCUCCAACUUACCGCCCCCGGCGCCGAAGCCGGAGGAGACAUUGGAGCCGACGUCCCUGCGCCACGUAGUGUUCGGGAUCGCCUCCUCCCGGCGCACGCUGCCGCUCCGGCUCCCCCUGCUCCGGCUCUGGCUGCGCGCCCCCGCGCGCGCCUUCCUCUUCCUCGACGCGCCGGCGCCGGCGCCGGACGCCCGCGACCUCCCGCCGGGCCUCGCUCUCCGCGUCUCCGCCGACGCAUCCCGCUUCCCCUACACGCACCCGCGCGGCCUUUCCUCGGCCGUCCGCGUCGCGCGCAUCGCCGGGGAGCUCGUCUCCGGGCUCAAGCAGGGGGAGGGGGAGGAUGUGCGGUGGCUCGUGCUCGCCGAUGACGACACCGCCUUCGUCCUCCCGAACCUGCUCCACACGCUCCGCAGGUACGACCACCGCGAGCACUGGUACCUCGGCGCGCGCUCCGAGUCCGCGGCGCAGAACGCGUGGCACGCCUUCGCCAUGGCAUACGGCGGCGGCGGCAUCGCCGUCAGCUGGCCGCUCGCGCGCCGCCUCGCGCGCGUGGUCGACUCCUGCGUCCUGAGGUACCCGCACCUCUACGGCAGCGACGCCAGGAUCUACGCCUGCCUCGCCGAGCUCGGCGUCGAGCUCACCCACGAGCCAGGCUUCCACCAGAUCGAUCUUCAUGGGGAUAUUUCUGGGCUCCUAAGAGCACAUCCUCUUUCCCCUUUAGUUUCACUGCACCAUCUGGAUCAUGUAUACCCUCUUUACCCUGGUAUGGACCGGGCCAGAGCAAUGCGACACUUCUUCCGGGCAGCCGAUGCUGAUCCGGCCAGGAUUCUGCAGCAGACAGUGUGCUACGACCGUAAAGAGUCGCUCACAGUAUCAGUCUCAUGGGGCUAUUCAGUCCAGGUGUUCAAGGGCAACGUGCUGCUCCCUGACCUUCUUGCUGUCCAGAAAACCUUUGUACCAUGGAAAAGGGGUCGCAAUGUCACAGAUGUGUACAUGUUUAACACCAAACAUUACCCCAGAGACGAGUGCAAAAGAGGAGCUCUUUUCUUCCUAAAAGGCAUUACCUCGAGGGAAGGCAAGACGGAAACCACUUACAAUAGACAGCCACCUAGGAAAUGCCCGCCUGACUUGAUCCCACUGAAGAGUCUGCGUCUGAUAAAAGUGACAUCAGAACGGCUGCAGCUGGCUCCUGGGAAGGCCUUAAGACGCCAUUGCUGUGACAUCGUACCUUCUUCAUCUGAUGCUAACAUAGACAUCAACGUCAGAAAGUGCAGAGAUGAUGAGCUGAUCGCGAUGCAUUCAUAGUCAUUCUUUACUCAUAUCAGUUCGUAGUUGCAGCAGGCCAUCAUCCACAUCAACUCUGCGCUGACACCAGGCCAUGCACCGCGGAUCAACAUGGAUCAGCAGCACACGUUCAUAGUAUAGACACACAGGAUAUACAGAAAAUGCAGAUGCAGAGGCAGUAUAGACAGACACGGAUCAGUUAGCAUUGUUUUUCUUUUAAAAAAGCAGAGCUGAGGCAUCAGGAUUUGAGUGCUCCAUAGUCUGACAUGUAAUAACAUCAAAUAGUCGUAUUUACCAGACAAGGUCGGUUCCGUUUUAUACAGCAUAUUCAAAUCUACUUUGUUAUAAUGGAAAAGAAAUCACAUUUUAUUCUACUGC